CGGAUUUUGACCAAUGAGGUGUCAGUUUGCUGCCGCGAGAUUUUUUUGAAAAACAAAGAUGGCGGGUGAAAAGGUUGCAGUAUUGCAGCAGUGGUGUGAACGCGCUCAGAAAGCGGUGUUAGGUGUGGAGGAGGGACAGGAGGUUGUGGAAGCGGAGCCUCCAGCCUCUGUGAUGGUGCCAUACCUCGUAAACAGCCGCCAGAAGCUGAAGCUGAUGUGCCGGCAACAGUGUGUCUUGGACUACAUCCUGCAACUGCUGGAGACUCUGGAGUCACCCGAUGAGCUCCUUAAUAACCCCUGUCCUCAGGACAUUGAUGAGACUGGCCAUGCAAAAUGGAAAGCGCUGAAAAACGAGUACAGAGAAGGUGUGCGGAGAGUGCAGGACUCCAUUGUCAUGCUGCAGGAGAAAAUGGAGCAGGCAAAUAAAAAGAAGGAAAUGACUAGCCAGUUGCUGACUGAUCUGGAGAGAAAGAAAGCAGAAUCGAAGGAGAAGGAGAGGCUGAAACAGAAAAUGGACAAGAAGGCAGAAAGACAAGCCAAUGCAAAGCUGCAGGAGCUGGAGUCUGCCGAGGAGGCAUGUCAGAGAACUCUCCAGCUGAUGGAGCAGAAGAUCACUUGUCUCAGGGCCCAAAUGGACUCCUGUCUAGCCCAACUGGACAGCUGGAUGGUGCAGCGAGAUGAUCUUCAGGGGUCGGUCCAAGCUACGCUGGGCCUGACAGGGUACAGGCUGCGCUGGGUGGGUGAGGAAGAGCUCUGCGUGGAGCUGAGGCCCCAGGUCUGUCAGCCCUCCCUUGGUGAUCUGGACCCUCUGUUUCUCUCGCUAACCUGGAGUGCAGAUGGCAUCUUCCAUAUCAAGGCAUCCAAAGGUCCAGUGGACCUUGUCCCAGAGCCCCUACAUGGCCCUCUCUCCCAGGUCAGCACCGCACUGUUGGAGGUCAUGCAGAGUUACCUCAGUCAAAGCAAGAUGCUGGCCGAGAUUCAAAAUCUCCACUCUAGGUUCGCUAUUGACUGGAGACCAACCCAGCAGGAGUUGGUUUUCCUCAAAUCCUCCUCCGUGGUGUGUCACCUGCACGUUGAAGCAGGAUACCCUUCCAAAGGCCGCGUCUCUCUUCUGUCUGUCCGCGGGGAGAAGGGUCCCAUCAGCAUUUCAUCCGUGCAGCCCCCCCAUGAGAAUGCAUCUCUCACAGAGUGGUUGGAAUAUCUCAGCUCCUCCUCGCAAGUUUGACUCUUCUUUCUGUGCUUGUCGAGAUCAUGUCCACCACUGGAUGGCGCUCGAGUGUCAGAUUCGUUGUAACACUGCAACGUUGUAAAUAUUUUCUAUGGUAAAUCAUCUUUUGUCCUUGUUUCUUUUCUGACUUUGGCACCUCAGUUCAUGUCUUUUAUUUUUCAUAAAAUAAUUAGUACUUAAUUGAAAUUAACCUCCAGGUUUUUUUUUUAAUAAUCGAAUAGUUAUGCGUUACAAUAUUUGUUGGAUGACAUCCCUGGGUUCCAGAAACAUCCUGACAAAAGCAUUGUUACUGUGUAAAUAUAUUAUUAUUUUUAUAUGUAAUUACUGGCUUUAGUGUUUUUGGCAUAUAGUACUAUGUCACAUUAAACAUUGGUCCUCUGCCUGUUUGUGUGGUUGCCUGGCGGGAUUUGACACAACACAGGCAGCGUUCCAUGAGCCGUUCCCCGUUCUGCGCUGCCAUUGGUUCGACUCGCAGGACCCAGGCGGACCAAUGAAAGUUUGUCGAACAUUGUUACGAAGGCAGUCUGACCCACUUUCAUUUAUGUUCACUUUGAUACGAUGCCUUUUUGGGAUAUUUUCUUUUGUGGGGUUAUCUGAAGAUCAGUUUCCAUGGAUUUGAAGAGCAGGAUUACGUAAGAUUGGGGUUAUUUGUGUUUUGUCUCGAUGCCAGAAAUGAGGAGUCACGUCAAGCUCAAUGGUACCGCACAAUAUCAGGAAACAGCAUCUGCAAUAU